CGGGCGGCGAGUCCCUUGAGUCUGACAGUGACGACUCUGUCCAGCGGUACCCCGCCGAGCGUCGUCUCCGAGACAGGCAUACUCAAGUCUCAACAACUACCGUAUUCUUGAGUUUCCUAUUACUGAGUGCAUCCUGUCAGCCAAGAAGGACGCAAAGAGCAAGAAUGGACAGAGCAUCACACCUCAGCGUCGUCGUCGACCUGUCCCCGAAUCACUGGUACCUAUCAUCGACGCGAACACAACAGAACGCUCGGCCUUUGUCACUCAAAUCAUUCUUGUCACAACUUCUUGUCUUCUUGAACUCGCACAUAGCUUGCAAGGACGAGAACACACUCGCCGUGUUUGGCGCCCUGCCUGGGCGUAGUGUCAUGUUGCACUCUUCAACAAACGAGUCGUCGGGGAACCCAUUCGAGAUGGCGGAUGCCGAUACGUAUCGUCCGUUCAAGAUUCUCGACGCGGAGGUUAUGCAGACAAUAGCGCGACACGUCGAGACACUCGGCCCGUCAGAUAUCAAGAAGCCCGUCGAGUUGGUCGGGGCGCUUAGCAAGUCGUUAUGCUACAUAAACCGCAUUACCACCGCAUCAUCCACACAAUCAAACGAGCAAACCGCAGCCCUCGACCCGCGCAUCCUUAUACUCUCCGUUUCACCCGACCAGUCUUCGUCCUACAUACCGAUCAUGAACUCGAUUUUCGCGGCCCAGAAGUUGAAAGUGACCAUAGAUAUAUGCAAAGUUUAUGGCUCUGAGAGCGUGUUUCUGCAGCAAGCCGCGCACUUGACUGGAGGCUCAUAUCUCCAUCUCGAGAGAGCAGACGCUUUGUUGCAAUAUCUGACCAUGUCUUUCCUUCCGCCGCCUAGCAUUCGUCAGCUGCUGUCUGUGCCCACACAAGACAAAAUUGACUUUCGGGCAGCAUGUUUUUGCCACAAGCGUAUCGUUGACAUUGGCUUCGUUUGUUCUGUUUGCUUAUCAAUAUUCUGCCAGCCUGUCCCUGUGUGUUCAACAUGCCGCACAAAAUUCCCCAUCAAGACCCUUCAGCGCCUCAACGCGGCGCGGCCAACCGUCGCGACACCCGCAACGACACCCACCGUUCAGACCGCGCUGUCUUUACCAUCAUCUAAUUCUAUCAAGGGCACCAAUGUCAACGGGAGUCAGUCUACUGUGCAGAAUGGAUCGCGGUAGGAUCGCGGAUGAGGCAUAUGAUGCUGUUUCGUGUCGGUAACACCGUUGACUAGAAAACUCUCGUCAUCCUCCCGAUGAUUGCAAGAGCGGCCGCGCCAAUGUCAAACGGGCAUCAUCGCAGUCAGGGCUUGCACCCUACGCAGGCACACGGUCCUGACGGAAUCUCGGAUUUACGGUCCUGUCCUACAAGUCUCCGGUGUAGGACUUCCAUACUCGCCUGUUAGCAUUCAGGCGGCGUAUCUUCGCAGCAUGUCCCAUUAUGCGGCAAUGGUGGGAGAACACAUGUUGACGUUCUCAGGAGGACUGUAAUUGAUGAACAUUAUUAUUGGUGCGUCGGACGGCC